UUCAUGCGGCUAACACGAACGUGUGCAUCUGUCAGCCAGAGGUGAACAUGGCAGACGUCUCGGAGAGGACGCUACAAGUCGCGGUCGUGGUUUCUUUCGCUGCCGGCUUCCUGGCGGGCUGGCAGGCUAACAGAAUGAGGAGAAAGUUUCUGGACUGGAGGAAGAAACGGCUGCAAGAGAAACUGUCUGAAACUCAGAAGAAGCUGGAUUUGUCUUGAACGGUCUGUCUUCUCGUCCCUGUAAAGCUGCUGGGUCCUGGGUGAGCUACAAGAGACCUCACCUGCCUGUGUGCUGGACUACCCACCUUUUCCCACCACACCUUUUAAAUCGAGGCCGACCUUGAUAUUUAAUGUGGUCACGUUGGAAAUGCAAUCAUCACCCACACCCACCGGACCUUCUUUUCUGCCCUUGGACUCUAAUGUGGAAGAAUUCGAGGAUCUGGCUUUAGUGGUUUUCUGUUCCAGCAUGUCUCAGUUUUUAUCUGUUUCACAUCUGAUCAAAUAAAUUAUUUGUGUUUUUCA